CCAUGCCAACGCCGCUGAAGAAGUAAUCAUUUCAUAAACUGAUUAUGUUCGGUUCGUUCACUAAAAAGAUUCGUUUAAUUGACCUAAUCGUUCGCGAACGUGAAUAUAGGUGCAUGCGAUUUGCUCGUUCAUCGCUUUCGCCUUCACUUGCUGUGUCGUCUGCUCUACGCGGCAAGUCGAAAAGGUCUCUGUUUCGUUUGCCAACAUGUUCGUGGCUCCUUCUUGCUUGAUGAUCUUUCUUUACGUGGCCCAAGUGUUGGGGGCACAAAUUCCAUAUGGAGACACACGCGACAUCACCGGCGCUCAGCCGUUCCCCUGGCAUCAUAUCAGACUCCCCCGAACCGUCGUGCCUCACCACUACGACCUGACCAUUCACCCCAACUUGACCACUCUGAGCUUCACCGGUGCAGUUCGCAUCCAGCUGGAAGUGCUCGAAGACAUUCAAGCCAUCGUUCUGCACUCCAAGCAGUUGAAGAUUUUCAACGUGAAGCUCAAGACGGCUGAAGAUGUGAGGUCUCUUCAGAUCCUGGAGAAUUCAGUUUACCAGCAGCUUGCCCUUCUGUCAGACGAGGUGAUCACAAGAGGGGUGGAUUACGAGGUGCAUAUGGAGUUUUCCGCCAAGCUCUCGGAUAGCUACCAUGGUUUUUACAAGAGCAGCUACAGAACCAGCAGCGGGGAGCUUCGGGUUAUGGCAUCCACACAGUUUGAAGCUACCUACGCCCGAGCAGCCUUCCCCUGUUUUGAUGAGCCCUCAUUUAAAGCCAACUUUACAAUCUCCAUCAUACGUGAGCCGCGACACAUCGCUAUUUCCAAUAUGCCCAAGAUAAAAACAAUCGCAUUACCAGGAAAUGUGUUUGAAGAUCAAUUUGGCACCACAGUAAGGAUGAGCACAUACUUGGUAGCCUACAUCGUGUCUGACUUCGUUUCGGUGAGCAAGAUGACCAAAAACGGCAUCAAGAUUUCUGUCUAUGCCGUACCUGAGAAAAUCAACCAAACGGACUUUGCAUUGGAUGCCGCUGUGAAGCUGCUCGACUUUUACGAAGCCUACUUCAAUAUUCCAUACCCACUCCCGAAACAGGACCUUGCUGCUAUCCCUGACUUCCAGUCGGGAGCGAUGGAGAACUGGGGUCUGACCACCUACAGAGAGGAGGCCCUCCUCUUGCACCCUGAAAAAUCCUCCAUGAUGGACAAAGUAGAGAUUGCCAAGACCAUUGCUCAUGAGCUUGCACACCAGUGGUUUGGCAACUUGGUGACCAUGGAGUGGUGGAAUGACCUGUGGCUCAACGAGGGUUUUGCCAAGUUCAUGGAGUUUAUUGCUCUCGACUUCACGCACCCGGAGCUCCAAGUGAAUGACUUAUUCUUGGAGAAGUGCUACCACGCCAUGGAGGUUGAUAGUCUCAACUCAUCGCACCCAAUCUCCACCCCUGUAGAAAACCCCACUGAAAUUCAGGAGAUGUUUGACCAAGUGUCCUACGAUAAGGGAGCGUGUAUUCUGAAUAUGCUGAAAGAAUUCAUGACACCUGAGGUGUUCGAGAUUGGGAUCAUCCGCUACCUGAAGCGGCACAGCUACCAAAACACUGUCAGCAGCCACCUGUGGGAAAGCCUGACCGAUAUUUGCAGUUCAAAUGAUCUCCAAGAUGCCCCAUUAAAACAAAAAGCAUUCUGCUUCAAACGCAACCUACAAUCUGGGGAUGAUUACUAUGGUGAUAAGUUUGACAUCAAGACCAUCAUGGAGACGUGGACACUGCAGAAGGGCUUUCCGAUCGUCAACGUUGACUUCAGAAGUCGGAAGCUCAUGCUCACCCAGGAACGUUACCUGAAGACAGUAGCAAAGACCAAAACCACUGGAUCCCCGAGUAAAAAGUACACCAAAAAUACUGAGGAUGCAUUAAAAAAAGUUUGGCAGAUUCCACUGACAUACAAGACGAGUGAUUCUGACACAACACAACACUUCCUGAUGAAGUCCGGAGUGGAUCUCCUCCGCAUUCCUCAAGGAGUGAGCUGGAUCAAGAUGAACGUAGACAGGAGCGGUUACUACAUUGUCCACUACGGCAAAGAUGGGUGGAAGUCUAUGAUCAAUUUGCUCCAGAAAAACCACACGGCACUCAGCGGCAAGGACCGAGCCAGCCUCAUACACGACGUCUUUCGGCUUGUCAGCAUCCAGAAGUUGAAGCUGGAAACCGCUUUGGAGCUAUCCACGUAUUUGUCGAAAGAGACCGAUGUCAUUGCUGUGACCCAGGCCUUUUCAGAACUCGUACCCAUUUAUAAACUGAUACAAAGGAAGGAAGCGGCUCUUCUCGAGAAUGGAAUGAAGACUUACAUGCUGGACCUGUUUAAGGACUUGAUUGACAAUCAGACCUGGGACGAUUCCGGCUCCUCGUCACAGCGAAUGCUACGCAGCUACCUGCUUUUGUUCGCCUGUGUCAGGAACUACACUCCUUGUGUGACCAAAGCGAGCAAGCUCUUCAACAUGUGGAAGGAGUCUGAUGGCAAAAUGAGCCUUCCAGUUGAUGUCACCCUGGCGGUGUAUGCUGUCGGUGCUGAAACACCAGAAGGGUGGGACUUCCUGUUUGAGUUCUAUCGCCGGUCUUUGCAAGAGUCUGUUCGGAGUCACAUCAAGAUUGCCUUGACAAUCAGCCCAUUGCAUCAAAAGCUCACGUGGAUUCUGGAGCAGAGUCUUCUCGGUGAGAUUAUGAAAACCCAAGACCUCCCAGGCAUAUUGGUCUCGAUCAGCAGGAACCCCCGAGGCCACCGAGCAGCCUGGGACUUCCUCCGAGCCAACUGGCAGACGCUGAUCAAAAAGUUUGAAAUUGGUUCCUCCUCCAUCGCUUACAUGGUCACGGGAGUGACCGGCCUGUACUCCACGAAGACAAUGCUAAAGUCGGUGGAGAAGUUCUUCAGCUCUCUGAAGGAGGAGACGGGAUCAGAGAUGAGGUGUAUCCAGCAGGCGUACGACACCAUCAGUGACAACAUCAUCUGGGGUGAAACCAACUUCCCUGUGCUGCUGUCCUGGCUGAAAAAACGCCAGAUGCAGAUUCAUGAAGACUUGUAAUGGUCACGCAAAGACAUUUUUGGGAUGUACUGUGGUGACCCCGUAAGGGACAAGCCGAAAGAAACUUACUAUAUUACCCAAAAGGAUUUGCAUUCUUUUAGGAUAACGCUUGAUGUGUUCUUAUUGUGACCAAACACAAUUUUAUUGAAACAUCUUUUUGAUGUUCAUGCAAGGUAUCUUUGAGCUAUUUGAGCCAACAGCUCAAAGGUCUAGUUGUUGUAUUCAAUGACUAUAUUUUUUGUUGGCUUUAUGGCUUACAUCCAUCCAUUUUCUGAGCUGCUUAUCCUCACAAGCAUAGUGGGAAUGCUGGAGCCAAUUCCAGCUAUCUCCAGGCAAGAGGCAGGGUACACACUGAACUCAUUGCCAGCCAAUCACAGGGCACACAGAAACAACCAUUCACACCUAAGGGCGAUUUAGAGUCUCUAAUGAAAGGGAUGUGUGAGGAAACCGGAGUGCUUGGAGAAAACCAUGCAGGCAUGGGGUGAACAUGCAAACUCCACACAGGCAGGGCCGAGUUUUGAACCCCGCUCCUCAGAUCUGUAAGGCCAAUGCUUUUAACCAGUCGUCGCUUUUAACCAUGCCACCUCAAUUGCUCACAGUCAACUAUUUUUUGUUGCUAACAAUGAACAUUUUGAGUAGAUGUUUUCAUGGAUUAAUAUAAAUUGUUUUAGGGUAGAUCCCGCCCAUUCAUCAGCGUGAAGGGCACAGUCUGAAUGUCUGAUCCAAGAGAAAAUGAGUGUUUUGUUUUGUCUGUGAGUGCCUUUGGACCAGCCCAAAGUCACCUGAGAUUAGCUCCACCUCACUGCGAAUCUGAACAGGUUAAGCACGAUAGAGCUCGUGCACCUAUGUCACCGAAGUCACGUGACUGGCCAUAUUGCCGGUCAAACAAAGCAUUGUUAAAUGCUAAGUCCGUUGAGACGAAAAGAAAAUAUGUCUCAUAGCACGACACACAGAGUUUUGUCCAAUACCGUUAAACAUUUAGAACAGGGGUGUCAAACUCCCUUUGGUCUGCGGGCCGAAUACAGCUUAAUUUGAGAUCAAGCGGGCCGGACCAGUAAACUCGUUGCAAAAUUACAUAAAACUAACAAUAAGCCCACUUUUUUCCUUUGUAUUAGUCACUAAUACUAAUAAUUAGUGCAAAGAAUGAGUAAAUUAUCAAAAUGUUUAUAAACAAAAUUUUCCUUUUACAUUAUGAACAAUAUAUUAUGAACAAGAAAAUAACAUAAGAACAUAAAUAAAGUAUGUGCAAUUUUAACAACACUUUUAAACAGUUAAACAUAUAUUUAAGUGUGUUGUACAUAAAACUGAUCACAGAAAUAGUAACAAUGUUCCAAAAACAUUUAGUACCAGCCUUGUGGAACUUAAAAACACUGUUUUUCAACAUCUGGAAAGCAAUUUGAACAAAUGAAUAACUUUCACAGCAAUUAUUCGUCUUGCUUGGAAUUUGCCCUUGAAACUUGACAUCGUUUAUCCUGCACAAGUGCAUCAAUAUGAGGCAUCAUGUGCUGAGAAGCAGCCAAUUUCAGAAUCUCAUUCAAAUGCUUACGUGUGAGCUUUGAGCGCAGCUUUGUUUUAUUAAUGUUCAUUAGUGAGAAAACUUGCUCACAAAGGGAGGUUGUCCCAAACAUGGACAAUGUUUUAGCAGCUAGUGCUGUCAAUGCGGGAUAGCCUGGUAGGAGGUACUUGUAAAAUGUGUCCAAGCUUACAGAGGCAAAUCUGUCCUUCAGUUCUACAUCACACUGCAAAUCAAUGAUUUCAAGUUGCAUGGCGACGGGCAAAUCAGAAGCUUUGACUGUGAAUGGUGAGCGAAAAACUGCAAAAUCUGUUUCGAGUUUGCUAAAAACCUGAAAUCUUUUCUCAAACUCCAUCAACAGCCCUGAAAUCUUCUCUUUGUACCGUUUCACGUCAGAAUUAACGCUUGCUGCGCACAUAUCUCUUAAACAGGGAAAAUGAGCAGGGUCACCGCUUGCCACCUGCGUCUCCCAUAACCCGAACUUUAACUUGAAUGCACGUAUGCUGUCAUAAUACUGUGUUACGAUUUUUUUUGCGUCGCUGCAACAUUUUGUUAAGAAUAUUCAAGUGCUCAGUGAUGUCAACCAUAAACGCAAGGUCCUGCGGCCACAGAUGGCGCUGUAAUUCCUUAACAGGUUUACCUUUUUUCUCCAUGAAUUGUCCGAUUUCAUCACGUAAAUCAAAGAAGCGCUUUAGCACAGCACCUCUGCUUAACCAUCGUACGUUCGUGUGAUGAGCCACACCAUGGAUAAUGUUACAGUCACUGAGAAAGCUGUCAAAUUGACGAUGAUUAAGACCUCUGGCUCGGAUGAAAUUAACAGUUCGGACAACCACCUCCAUGACGUGAUCCAUUCUUAGCGAUUUGCUGCAUAAUGCCUCCUGAUGCAAAAAAAAAUGAAAUAUCUAAAAAUUACCUCCCCCAUUUGCGGCUUGUACGUUAUCUCUGAACUUUGUCACAACACCUGCCUUUUUACCGAUCAUUGACGCCGCACCAUCAGUAGCCAGGCUUACGGCGCGUGACCAGUCCGCUCCGACUCUGUCCAGCGCUCCGACGACGGAGCUGAAAAUGUCCUCAGCUGUUGUGGUGUCGAUCGUCGGCACCAGCUCGAGAAACUCCUCUGUGACAUUCAAAGUCUUGUCAACUCCACGAAUGAAUAUGGCCAGUUGAGCGACGUCCGUGAUAUCAGUACUCUCAUCGAUCGCAACAGAAAAUGUCACAAAUGACCCCACUUUGCGUUUUAGUUGGUGGUCCAAAUCUGCAGAGAGUUCCGAAAUCCUGUCUGCCACGGUAUUUCUUGUCGAGCUUAUAUUGGCGAAAGCAUGUCGCUUCUCAGGACACACAAUUUCAGCAGCCGUCAGCAAGCAGUUUUUGAUGAACUCUCCAUCACUGUACGGCUUUGAUGCCAUUGCUAUUUGGCUCGCAAUUAGGUAGCUGGCUUUCACCGCAGCAUCACUGGCUUCUCGGCUCUCGGUGAAAACAGAUUGCGUUUCUUCAGACGCGCCAUCAUUUCAUUUACCUUCUGUUUUCUCAAGUCUCCAUGCAAACUGUUGUAUUUUUCACCAUGCUGAGUUUCGUAAUGGCGCCGAAUAUUGUAUUCUUUAAGCACCGAAACUUGCUGCUGGCACACCAGGCACACGGGUUUCCCAUUCACCUCCGUGAACAUACAUGUCCAUUUUUCUUGAAAAGUCCGACACUCUGUGUCUACUUUUCUCCUUUUUGACAAAGACAUUGAUGAGGGUGCGAGGCAAACGGAAAAGUAGAUAAUGCAAUUGUCGCCAAUAGAUGCUGUACAGACGUUCAAUUUUACCAGGUCAAGGUGGUCCUAGUUCCGUCGCAGUGUUGCUUUCACAUUGUCUGCACGUACUAAAACACUGCGCCCCCUAGCGGAUAAUACAAGAACUACAAAUUUUAAAGAAAAUUCACAUUUUUUUUAAUACAAUGCAGCUUUCUUCCCCGGGCCGUACCAAACCACCAGACGGGCCGGAUCCGGCCCGAGGGCCGUAUGUUUGACACCCCUGAUUUAGAAGGUGAUAAUAAACGAAGGUACAUGGACAAAUUUGAGAAACUUGGGAUAAAGGACCCAUGAUUAAUACUAAUUUCAGUACAAAUACCAAUGUUUACAUAAAUUACCCCUGGUUUUACACAAACCCGCAUUCAUUCACGAUGAUUGGGAAGAAAAGAAAGGAGGUCAGCGAGUCGGCCACACGUAAACCUCUCUGUGACAGACGGUUUAUUUUCUGUUUUUAAAUACGCAUUGUUCUCAAAUGAGUCUAGUUGGUAUUAUAGAUCCUAAUUGGUAAUUUGAAGUUAAGAAUAAUUCAUACCUGAAAUGAAGUGAUCGCUACACAGUUGUGUGUAUUUGGUUGGGCACCAGCCAUCACGUUUAAUUUCCGAAAUCCAUCGUUCUUUUCAACUGGUAUUCCAUAGAAUGACCUCUUUGAAUCUCGUCUGUUGUGACAAUCAACAGCGCAACAGGUCUGGGGUAUUGCAAAUGUUCUCCUCCGGUUCAACGUCUCCCACAAUGUCGAGCAGCUCUGUUUGGCUGUCAAUACGGCAUCGUGAAAAUGGUGACGUCACGUGCACGAGCUCUCUAGAAAACGACCUUACAGUAAAAUAACAAUAGAUUUUUCUGUGGUUAGUUAACAACUAUCUCUUAAUUUUUUUUUUUUUUUUUUUAAGAAAACAAUUGCCAAAACUCAGAGCCAAGCUUUUGGUAAUGCACCUAUAUUGCUGUUCACUAACAGAGAUGCAGUUGUGAUAUGAGAAAACAUUAUUAUUUUAAGGUUUUGAGAACUUGGACACUGUUUUUGGUUGCUGCUGUCUUAAUGGCUCAGGGAUAUACCUCACAUCUGCAUCAGUAUCUUAUUAAAAUUGUUUUUUAUACGAUGUCCAAUUCUCACAGCUGCAAUUUCAGCAAGUAUCUUUGAAAUAUGACCCCCACACUCCACCCCACCUUGGAAUCAAGGAAGAAACAUGUCAUGUCGUGAUCCAAGCCGCUUAUCCUCACACCGCUAUUGGUAACUUUAGAAGUCAAAUAACUUUUAACUGUUAUCAAGCAGUGGUCUGGGGACCUGGAGUGAUCUUUGGUGUAAUUGCAAGGGGUCCCUGACAAUACACUUUUCAAAAUAUUUAUGAAGAGAGGUUAAUUUUACUGAUAUGUGACUGAGGCCUUUAUCUACUACGACAUGGGAGUUUUUUUCUUUUUUUUUAGGUCUCUUUAUUCCAUCCUUUUGUGUGCCUUGUUGCCAUUUGUAAUGUUGACAUCAGCGGGGUCCUCAGGGAUAAUCAAAACAUUUACUGGGGGGUAAAGACCCUGAAAAGGUUGACAGCCGCUGUUCUAUGAGAUACAUUUAUUUUUUUAUCUUGGUGAAGUGAACAUGCAAUUUUUUUUUUAUUUUUGAUCUCUUUCUGUUGUCCGGGAAUAACAGUUUUCUGUUGCUUUGGUUAAAAAACAAAAUCCUGUUUAAUUAAAAUAACAGCAAGAAAAAAAAAUACAAAGAAAACCUUGAGGUAGAGUUUUUUUUUUUUUUGGGCCGCUUUGGAAUUUUUUAAGUCUAUGCCAUCUAAGUGCAAUAUAUCCCAAAUGUAUUCCAUGGCCAAAGUUAGACAUAAAGUAAAUUUGACCUUUAAGUGUAAAAAUACAAAUGGAAAAAUGUAAAAACAAAAAUAUCUUCCUGUGUUUUCCAACCACUGUGUUCUGGCACAUUAAGACUUCUUCUGGGGUGCCGUGGGAAAUUAUCAAAUUUCACUCAGUUUGUCAAAAUAGCAUUUAUUUCCAACAAAUAAUGUAUCUUCACUCCUCUAUCGAUGGCAGCUGCAAAAAAAAAAAAAAAAGAAAAACAAAUAACAAAUAAAUGCUCUUUGAUUUGAUGACAAAAUUGUUUUGUGUAUCCACUUUUUGACAUUUUGGUUUGUUGGUAUGCCGUGACACUUUUUUUUAAGUGUAAGAUAUGUCCCUUGCCUCAGUUUUAGUGGGAAUCACUGGAAUAGAUCAUUCUUAUCAAAUAUAAAUGUAGAACAGCGGACAUUAAAAAAAAAAUUACUCAACUCUCUUCAAAUGCUUGACAUUUUGUGGUAAAAAGACCGAGAUAAAGAAUUAAAAAACUUUUUCCACGGUUACUGUGAUAAAACCCUUUCAACAAUUAAAAAAAAUAGUAAAGUAAAAAUAAUGUGGCUGUACAACUGUACACAGCCUCUUAUAACUAGGAUGCAUUGAAAAGCGCCACUUUUGAACCCUAACCCUCUUAGAAUCACGUUCUACACUAAGGAUGUCGUUCUUUAGUUGAUGAGCACGACUGUGUUUGCACCAAAUAUUACUUUUGGAGUUAGGGUCAAAAACAUAAAUGUUGGUUUCUUUGGCCCAAAAGAGAUUUUUCCACUUUUGGCAAGAUUUUCAAACGAACUGCAGACAUUGUAAAGUGUAGUUGUGGCUGCAUCAUGCUAGGGCACAAUAUUUUUUUUUGUUUUUAAAGCUUGAACUGAGGCUUCAGACAAGGUGGAUAGAAUUCUGUACAGUUUGAAAUAAGGUUGUUAGUACAAAAGCUUUAAACUUCUCAAAUGCAAAAAAAGAAAAAACACAUUUAUCCAUCCAUUUUCCCAGCCGCUAAUUUAUUUGUGGUUAUUUAGAGAUCCUUAAUGCAGGUGUGUGCAGACUCUUGUUUUACCCAAAUUUGAAUCUGAUGUUUGAACAUGGCGCCACAUUGGAUCAGCUGGAAAGUGUUGGCCUCAAAUUUCUGAGGUCCAGAGUUCAAUCCCGGCCUGUGUGGAGUUUGCAUGUUCUUCCCGUGUCUGCGUGGGUUUUCUCCAGGCACUCCAGUUCCCUUCCAAAUCCCAAAAAUAUGCAACAUUAAUUUGAUAUUCUAAAUUGUCUCUAGGUGUGAUUGUGAGUCUCGAUGUGCCCUACGAUUGGCCGCCAACCAGUUCAGGGUGUACCCUGCCUCCUGCCCGUUGAUAGCUGGGAUAGGCUGCAGCACUCCCCUGGCCCUUGUGAGGAUAUGCGGCAAAGACAAUGGAUGUUUAUUAGGUCACAGGUCUUGAAAUUGUUCAUCUUGGCCCAAAUAUUUUUUAAUACCACACAAUAAAAAAGCA